CUCGGGAUCAGAUUUUCCUCACCCCGAGGUGUCCAAAGUCUCUGUUUUGAUCUCUCUUGAGCGUGAUUAAUGGUGUCCCAUUAUCACCAUAGCUCCGGAUUCAUGUUUUCUCCAUCGCUUUCUCUCUGGGUUCCUCAUUCUCAGUCUGUUGUUGUUCAGCUGCGUGUUCUUAAAUGACUCCGCUGUCUGUUGCUUCUUCUUCUUCUUCCUCAGUCGCUGGGAAUUUCUUGGUUUUCUCACCUCUUUGCCCAUGUAGACGGAAGACGGGCUUGGUUGCGGCAAGGAAGUGGAGUUCGAAGCGCGGCAGGAAAUGGGUAUUUCUUCGAGCUUGCGUUAAAGGCGGCGACGGCCACAAUUUCAGCUUGGACCUUUCGAGUUCGGCUGGUAAAGCUAUUGUGAUUAAAAGGUUCUCCGAUGAAUUUGAUUCUUCUAGGGCUACUACUAGUGGGGAUAGGAGCAGCAAUUUUGCUAACUUUCAGGAGGAUCCAAUUGUAGAUAAGUUGAGGACCCAAUUGGGGGUUAUACAUCCAAUCCCUUCACCCCCUAUGAAUCGCAACAUUUUAGGGCUUUUUGCAUUGUUUUUCUUCGUGGGUGUGGUUUUCGAUAAGGUAUGGAGUUCCAGGAAGAAGAAUUACAACAGGCUCGAUAAAUCGGGUAUAUUGCCUCAGAUUCCAACGAACAUUUCGUCAUUUCUGGAGAAGGAUUUGCAGAGGAAAGAAUCUGUGGAGUGGGUGAACAUGGUGUUAGGGAAGCUCUGGAAGGUCUACAAGGAUGGGAUUGAGAGGUGGAUUAUUGGCUCACUCCAGCCUGUUAUAGAUGAUCUUCAGAAGCCUGAUUAUGUGGAGAAAGUUGAGAUCAAGCAGUUCUCUCUUGGAGAUGAACCACUUUCUGUUAGGAGUGUUGAACGCAGGACAUCUCGUCGUGUUAAUGACUUGCAGUACCAAAUUGGCCUCCGGUACACGGGUGGUGCACGCAUGCUUUUGAUGCUCUACCUAAAAUUUGGCAUCAUUCCUGUUGUUGUGCCCGUGGGUGUACGAAAUUUCGAUGUUGAUGGUGAACUUUGGGUUAAAUUGAGGUUAAUACCCACAGAACCUUGGGUGGGAGCUGUUUCUUGGGCUUUUGUAUCUCUUCCAAGGAUCAAGCUUGAUUUGUCUCCUUUUCGCUUGUUUAAUCUAAUGGCUAUUCCUGUUCUCUCGACGUUUUUGACAAAACUUCUAGCUGAGGAUUUACCUCGUCUCUUUGUACGCCCAAAGAAGGUCGUUUUGGAUUUUCAAAAGGGAAAGUCGGUUGGCCCUGUUAAAAAGGAUUUGACUGAACCAAAUGAAUCCAAGUCCUGUGAAGUACAAGGAAACAGAGAUUUUGCUGGAGAACUAUCCAUUACUAUUGUAGAUGCUAAGAAUCUCUCAUAUAUUAUCUAUGGUAAAACUGACCCAUAUGUUAUUCUAAGACUUGGAGAUCAAGUGAUACAAAGUAAAAGGAACAGCCAAACUACUGUUAUUGGCCCUCCUGGUGAACCUAUCUGGAAUCAGGAUUUCCAUAUGUUAGUUGCAAAUCCAAACAGACAACAUCUCUACAUUGAAGUGAAAGAUUCCCUUGGAUUUGCAGAUGUGACAAUCGGGAGGGGAGAGGUCAAUCUCGGAUCACUGAAAGAUACAGUGCCUAAGGACAAGGUUGUGAAGCUAGGAGGUUGGGGCUUAUUUAGUCAGAGGCCAGCUGGAGAUAUCUUACUGCGGUUGACAUAUAAGGAAUAUGUGGAUGAUGAUGAAGAUGAGAGGGGUGUGGCAAGAUCCUUAGAUGCAGAAGGAUCAGAUGAUGAUGACGAACCGCCCGAGUCUGUGGGAGACAAGACAUAUGGGGAAAUGGAUAAAGAAUCAUUUAUGGACAUUCUUGCUGCUCUAAUUGUUAGCGAGGAAUUCCUAGGUAUAGUAUCAUCGUCUGACACUGGUGGCAGAGGAAAAUAUUCAGAUGGUGUUAAAGGUGAUGAACCGACACCGAAAUCUCUCAGCUCUACGCCCAAACUUCCACAGCAAAGUUCUGAAAGUUUCACCGAAGGGUUUAGAGGUUCAACAUUGUUUUGGCUUGCUUUAGUUACAAGUAUCUCAGUACUUAUUGCUUGGAAUAUUGGUGGUUCAAGCUUAUUUAACCCUUGAUUAAUGGCGUGCUCCUUCGACUGAAUUGUGGUAAAAAAAAAAACUCCGGCUGCAGACCAACUCCUACAACUCUGCAAGCCAUCGUGCUGAUUCUUUCGUGUUUUUUACUUGAGGCUGUACAACUCUUUCUGGUGCAUAUAAUAGAGAGAGAUUCUUACACAGUAGAUGAACACAAAGUUUACAGAUGUCAUCAUCCUUUUUUAUUCUCCUUUAAAAGAGUGGAGAACAAGAAAAGAAAAUCAAAUGUAGACUUUCAGUAUAAUUUCUUAAAGUAGUGUUGCUAAUUGUAGAAUAAUCUUUAAUUAUAGAG